AUGAACAAUACCAAUAUCAAUGUUCGACAACCAUUGUAUUCAUUCGUUACACAUAAUAGUGUAGUACAACAAUUAAUCCAUAAUGUAUAUUUUAUCUCAACAGUAUCUAUACUAUCAAUUGUGAUAUCUAUCAUGUUUUAUAAUGUACAACAAAAAAGAAUGGUAUUACGUGUUGUUAAAUUAUAUUAUUAUCCCAUAAAAUCAUGUCGCGGCAUACAAAUUGCUACUGCAAGACUAAAUCGUCUUGGAAUUGAAUAUGACAGAAAUUGGAUGAUUAUAAAUCCAAGUACUGGAAAACAACGUACAGCAAGAGAAUUACGAAAAAUGACUACUAUUAUACCAUCUUUUAAUACAUUACAAGACGGUACAUUACAACUAAUUUUAAAUGGGAAAUAUUCUACGACCAGCGUUAGUAUACCUGUAAUACCACCCGAAAAUUCACCGAGCAAAGAUGUGAAUGUAUGGGAUAAUAUAUUAAAAGCCAGUGUAUAUAGUUGUGAUGUAAAUACAUGGUUGACCGAAUAUUUAGAUACACCAUGCGAAUUAGUUACAAUCGAUAAAGGUAAUGUAUUCUCGUUCGAACGUCAUCUAGCUACUGACUACACUGCUGCAAACAUGAAUAAACAAAAUAAUUAUAGCACGUCUGCUUUUGCUGAUGGCUAUCCGUUGCUAAUAACAACAGUCGCGUCAUUACGAGAUUUAAAUAAAAAGAUAAAAGCUGACAUUGGUACAAACGCAAAUGAUGUGUUAAUGGAAGCUUUUCGACCAAAUAUUGUAGUAGAUGCACCGAGUUUACGUGGUUGGGAUGAAGAUAAUUGGGAAUAUAUUACUAUUAAUGGCAUAGAAAUUCAUACACCUAAGCCAUGUGGUCGUUGUACUAUUCCAUUAAUCCAUCCUUAUGAUGGAACACGCAAUAAAGAAGGCCAACCUAUUAGAUCAUUACGUAAAUAUCGUACUAAUAAAAGUAUGGAUGCAGUAAUAUUUGGUCAAAAUGGUAUACAUUUAUCUGGUGGUGAAAUUCAUGUUGGUGAUAUAGUGACCAUAAAACGUAGACUGAAACCACUUAUUUAUCACACUAAAGUUGAUUCUGAUCUCUGA